CAUAACCUAAAUUAACAACUCCGUUAAUACUGUAAAUAGAAAAUGUAAAUAUUACAUGGAAUUUGGAAUUUAAUAGUGGUGAUCUGGUGAUUGUAAAAAGUAUCUUAAAUAUAUUGAAUUAUGGCUGUUACAUUACACACUGACUUAGGUAAUUUAAAACUAGAGCUAUUUUGUGAAUCCUGCCCUAAAGCAUGUGAGAACUUCCUAGCCCUCUGUGCAAGUGAUUAUUAUACCGGUUGUUUAUUUCAUAGAAACAUUAAAGGAUUCAUCGUUCAAACUGGAGAUCCUACAGGUACAGGCAAAGGAGGAACAUCCAUCUGGGGCAAAAAAUUUGAAGACGAAUUUAAAGAACAAUUAAAACACAGUGAAAGAGGUACUAUUUCUAUGGCUAGUAAUGGUCCUAAUACAAACGGUAGUCAGUUCUUUAUUAGUUAUGCAGCCCAGCCUCAUUUGGAUUUGAAGUACACCAUUUUUGGAAAGGUAAUCGAUGGUCUUGAAACGUUAGAUGAGUUAGAAAAGCUACCAGUAAAUCCUAAAAACUACAAACCACUCACAGAUGUCAGAAUAAAUAGUGUAACAAUACAUGCUAACCCUAUAGCUGGUUGAGAAACCAAUAGUUUAAUUUUGAAAAUAUAAUAAGUGUUUUUUAAAUAAAUUUUAAUAAGAUUU